AUGAGCAACAUAAAACGACCGAGCUCGAAUGUAGCAGCUUUUAGGGAGAUUCUAUCGAAGGCCAGAAAUGCACUUAUCAUAACCGGUGCGGGUAUCAGUGCUGAAAGCGGUGUUCCUACUUUCCGUGGUGCCGGAGGCCUGUGGAGAAACUAUAACGCCCAAGAUCUUGCAACUCUGAACGCUUUUUGUGACGAUCCUGGACUUGUUUGGGAGUUUUAUCACUAUCGGAGGGAACUGGUCCGUAAAACGGAACCGAAUCCAGGACAUGUGGCUCUAGUAAACGCAGAAAAAGUAUUCACGAAAGACCGUCGAUCGUUCACGAUUGUCACACAGAAUGUCGAUGGUCUUCAUUUACGCGCGGGAAGCAAAAACGUUAUUGAACUACACGGUACGUCUGUGACUGAAGAACCGUCUCGUGGUGUUUCAAUCUCGUGUUUUAUGUUAGCCAUCCAAUUUCUUCAUCUCCUUAUAUCCUCCUCUGAAAACCCUUAUGAGUGGAUGGGAUACGGGGUUAUGGUCUCAUUCCUGGCUGAUCACUUGCUUCAGCCAAACCGUGAACUCUCCUGGAAGAGGAAUUUAAUCCACCUUUGUCCUUCUAAAGCUUCUCAUUGA